UAUUGGCAAUUUCUUGAAGUUCCUGAAAAUGUAAAAAACGAUAUUAACAUAAUAUAAAGGAAAGACAUCCUGUAUAUAUUCAUGGGCGUCCCUAUAUAUGCGAAAAAAUAAUACAAAUUUUUCUAAUUAAAUUAAAAGCAAUAAGUAAUUCCACAGUUAUCAUUUCUGGCAAAUAUAUAAUUUAAUACACGAUUAAAAAUGUAAUCUUAUCAUUUGCGGCGUAAAGAAUUCCAGUACAUUCGGCGGUUUGAAUACAUAAACGAUUAUUCCAUUGUAAAGAGAGAAAAUUUCGAGAUUUGCCAUCAGAGAAUGACUAGUAGAAUCAGUAUCAAUUAAAUCUUAGGUAGGGAGAGAGUUAGCUUUUUUCCUCCAACGAAAAUAUAAUAUAAUAGGAAGAAAUAGCAGUCGAGUAGAACGGAAUCAAAUUCGUAUUUUACAUUGCGCUGGCGCGUUACGAUUACGUCGACUCGCGAGGCGUGUGUACUGUGUGUUCGGCAGAAUUUUUGUAUUUUUAUUCGAAAGCGAUCGCUUUCGAGGUGUCCAGUUCAUUUUUUUAAGUUCCGUUCUUCCGAGGAUAAUUUAGCUGGCAAUGGCGCCGACAGGUGAGCCCGCUUCGAACGAAUACUAAUCAACUUACCGUGGCUUUUUCCAAAUUCCUGCAUGUUACCAUUAUACAUUUCGGGGACGUUUGUUCGGUCACCAGUUUCCUAACUAGUCCCAGGCCCAAGCCUCGGUUGCAGCCUGUUAUUAGAAUCGACUUCAUGGUUAAUUUGAAUGAAUUAAUGUACCUAGCGCUUCGUGGAAUUGUUCGAGGCGAUUUUUUAAUUUCCAAGGACGAUUGUUAUCCAUCAAAAUCGAGAGCACUUGAACUACUGUGUUUCUAACCUCACUUCGCGGUAGGCGCAAAAGAUAGGCAGUAGAUAAAAUCGCACAAAUGGCGGCAGUGUUAUGUUUUCGCAAUGUCACUUUACGUUUUAUUCAAAAUCGAAAUACUAAUCUAGUGUUUAGUGUUAAAACGAAAUUAGCGCCUAGUUUAGCCAGGCAUUUCUCUACGAGUUACUUCGAGCCUGCAAGUAGAGAAAAUUUUCAGUAUGAUCUCAUCGUCAUCGGCGGCGGUUCGGGCGGUUUGGCCGCAGCGAAAGAGGCCUCCAAUUUGGGCGCCAAAGUGUGCGUCUUGGACUACGUCACGCCGUCCCCGAGGGGCUCCAAAUGGGGCCUGGGCGGCACCUGCGUCAACGUCGGCUGCAUCCCCAAGAAGCUGAUGCACCAGGCCGCCCUCUUGGGCGAAGCCAUCGAAGACGCCAAAAGCUACGGUUGGGUGUUCCCCCAAGCCGAGAACAUCGCGCACAACUGGGAGACGUUGAAAGAAGCGGUACAAGGCCACAUAAAGUCGGUCAAUUGGGUGACGAGAGUAGAACUAAGGGAUAAGAAAGUAGAAUACAUUAAUGGUUUAGGAAGUUUCUUGGACGCCAAUACAGUUCAUGCGGUGGUGAAAGGCACCGAACGAAAGCUAACAGGAAAAUACAUUCUAAUUGCUGUGGGCGGUAGACCGCGUUACCCCAACAUUCCCGGUGCUUUGGAAUACGGUAUUACCAGCGAUGAUAUUUUCAGUUUGACGAAACCGCCGGGGAAAACUCUAGUCGUCGGCGCUGGAUACAUCGGUUUGGAAUGCGCCGGAUUUUUGAACGGCUUGGGUUACAAAGCGACCGUGAUGGUCAGAUCGAUCCUGCUCAGAGGAUUCGAUCAGCAAAUGGCCCAAAUCAUCGAAGCCGAGAUGCGCCACAAAGGCGUUAAUUUCUUGCACAGAUGCAUCCCGAAGAAAGUGGACAAAUUGCCCGACGGGAAAUUGAACGUAACGUGGCAAAACGAACAGAAGCAGGAGUUCAACGACGUGUUCGAUACGGUGUUGUUCGCCAUCGGCAGGAGAGCCUUAACGCAGGAUUUGCAUUUGGAGAAAGCCGGCGUCAGGACGGCCGCCGACGGCGAGAAAAUCGACGCCGUCGACGAGCAAUCCAACGUUCCCAACGUGUACGCCGUCGGAGACGUUCUAUACAAACGGCCGGAACUCACGCCUGUCGCGAUCCACGCCGGGCGUUUGCUGGCCCGAAGGCUCUUCGCCGAUUCCAAGCAAUGCAUGGACUACGACAACGUGGCUACGACGGUAUUCAGCCCGUUGGAGUACGGCUGCGUGGGAUUGAGCGAAGAGGUGGCAAUCGAGAGAUUCGGGGCGGACAACGUGGAGGUCUACCACGGUUACUACAAGCCCACGGAGUUCUUCAUACCGCAGAAGAACUACGCCAAUUGUUACUUGAAGGUGGUGGCGAAGCGCGAGGAUAGCCAGAAGGUGUUGGGGUUGCACUUCAUCGGGCCUUCGGCCGGGGAGGUUAUUCAGGGUUUCGCUGCGGCUAUUAAGUUGAAUCUGACGGUGAAAGACCUGAUGGAGACCGUCGGAAUUCAUCCGACCAUCGCCGAGGAGUUUACCAGAAUAAACAUAACGAAGAGGUCCGGGAAGGACCCCAACCCGGCGUCGUGCUGCAGUUAAAUAGUGGAAUUAAUCGAAAUAAAUGAAAUUUUAUUUUUCUAUGUCUUUGAAGAGAUGUUCUUCGAAACGCCGUUUCAUCACAUGUACCAAUUUAAAUUUCACUUAGUUACCGGCACUCACACUUAAUUAGACUAGAUUACAGGUCUCUUACAGUCCAUAAUUUUUAGAAAAUCGCGGUAUUAUUUUUCUUAUAACGUGUUAAAUUGUCUUGUUAAGUAAAAUACAUUGUUCCAUAGCUC